UCUGAGGGCAGGGUAACUCCUCCUCUGGCACUCUGUCACUUGGGAAUCCUGGCAGGCAAAAACCCUGUGGCCAGGCUGCUGGGAAAGUGGUGAGCAAGCAGAGCACCAGCAGGACAGCUUUCUGAGAAGGCACAGCUUUCUGCAAAGGCACAGCUUUCUGAGAAGACACAGCUUUCUGCAAAGGCACAGCUUUCUGCAAAGGGACAGCUUUCUGCAAAGGCACAGCUUUCUGCAAAGGCACAACUUUCUGCAAAGACACAACUUUCUGAGAAGACACAGCUUUGUGCAAAGGCACAGCUUUCUGCAGAAGCACAGCCUUCCCAUCAGUCUCACACUGGGCAAAUUGGGUUUGCUGUUUGCUGAUAGCCUGGUGACUGCUGAGUGCACUGCAAGGGUGACUGGGCCCUGGGUAUUCAGGAGAAAUGUGGUAGAAGCAGGUGUGCCAGGGUUCUGGUGUUUUGUUUCCUGGAAGAAGUGGCUGGAUUUAACGUGUCUGGAGCCCCAGAGUGAGAUGAGCUGCAAGGUGCAUUCAUAACCAGCGGAAGACUGAAUUAGGUUCAUUCUUUGUGGAUGUUUUAAGCAAAGCAUUGGAAAGAACGCUGGGGCUGGAUGGGAUGGAUUGAGUCAGCACAAAGAUUCCUGAGCCAGAGCUCCAGAACGUGCUGCUGCUGCUGCUGGAGAAGGUGAAAAGAAUCAGCCUGGGUUUCACCCAGAUCAACUUGUCUUGUGUGUAAUUUUUCUGAAUAGCCUGAAGAUGCAACUGUUAAACAACUCAGUGAAAAAUGAUAAUGCUCACAUUACAGAGAUGGAAGAAAAAUCGCUUUGUGCUACUCAAGAGUCUCCAGAGGCUUUUCUGUGUGCUGAGUUCUGUUACCCAAUGCUCACAUUACAGAUGAUUUCCCACUCUGUGACCAGUGAUGUGAGCCCUGCUCUGAUGAAUCCUCUCUCGCAGCCAGGCUCUGUUCCUUUGGCACAAGGAAUAUGCUGGACCAUAUCAGGCAUGAAUGCAGAGCAUGUGGUGGUCACUCAGGAAACUCUAAUGGAGCAGUUACAGAAAAAUUACCCAGGCAUUGCAGUGCCCUCCCACAAUGCAUUAUAUAAUAUCCUUGGUGCUCUAAUUAAGGAAAGAAAAAUCUAUCACACAGGAGAAGGAUAUUUCAUUGUGACUCCCAACACUUACCUCAUCACAAAUGGUGCCACAGAAGACAACAGAAGGAUCCUGUUGGAGGACAGCUGUUGCUGUUCAUCCCCUUCCAUCACUGACCUGGUAAACAUGAAGGGCUGUGCAGACCUAGUGAAAGAAAGCACUCCUAGAGAACCCUGUUACAGAUCCUGCCAUUGCUUCCCUGACCAAAAUCAGCUCUGUGAGCAAAGGCAAGGGCAGGUGAGGAGCCAUGGAUCUAUUGCAGAGGGACAGAGAGGCUGCAGUGAAUUGAAGGCUUCAGUUCCAACUCAAGUCAUCUCCACAUCUGCUGAGAACCAUUCCUGGGACACCAUCAAAUCCCUGACAUCUGUGAAAGCAAAACUGAAAAGCAAAAUGUUUGGCCUUGGCCACGUCUGGAGAAGUGGUUCUAAGCAAGAAAAACACAAGAAGGAGUACUCCACUUUCUCAGGCCAGUUUCCUCCCCAGGAGUGGCCAGUCAGGGAUGAAGAUGACCUGGACAACAUUCCACGUGAUAUUGAACAUGAAAUCAUCAAGCGAAUUAACCCCACUCUUACCGUGGAUAAUUUGAUUAAACACACAAUAUUAAUGCAGAAGUUUGAGGAGCAGAAAAAACGCAGCAGUGAAGAGAAAAAAUACAUCAGUAAUGGUACCUUGGCUGAAGUGCCAGCACUCAGGCAAAACCAUCUCUCAAAGGAUUGUAUUCAAAGGGCACCAAGAAAAACAGCAAAACACACCAGGAAAACCAGAUCAAAGAGGGAAAAGCAGAUGAGCAGGAAAUGUCACAGACAGAAGGUAACACCCCACAAUGUGCAACUGGCAGAGAGCUUUUCCCUGCCCAACAAACCCCAGGAGCCACCUGCUGCAGCAGUGCAAUCCCAGGGGAUCUACAAGAGGCAGAUUAAGAAUCCUUUCCAGGGUCUGCCAUGGAGAGCUCGCAGCUUUCCUGCCAGGGGGCACCAGGGUGGUGCCAACAGCCAGCUCCAGUGCCAGACUCACAACCAAGGAAGGGCUUCCCAAAGGCCACAGCCCUCAGGACCCUUUGGCUGUGAACCUGAAAGGCUGGGGGCAGAAAGUGAGGCUGGCAAAGCCAAGCAAAACAACCCACUCCAUGCUCAUAGGUCUGACCUUCAAAUAAAACCAGACAGUUUCAGUGAAAGUGGUGGCUAUCCACAAGGCAGUAAUGUGCAAAUAGGUAACAGAAGGAGAUACUUCCUGGAGAGUAAUAUUUGUGAAGAAAAUGUCUAUAAAAGAACAAUAAAAAAGAAAUCCCCUUGCUCCUACACUGAAGAUAAUGGAGUGUGCAAAGAGGAUGCAAUAUAUAAAACAAUAUAUAAAACCAGAUUUCCAUCCCACCUGAAAGAUGAGCAUUGCAGAUGCAAAGCAGACACUGUAGGUGAGCUCUUAGAUCGAACAGCCAGUGACUUUCAAAAUGUCCAUCUUUCCAAUUGCACAGCCAGUGUUACCCUGGCCCCCAAAAACGGUGUGACAUACAGAGCAAAGACUGAUACAAAGAGUGAACUUCUAUUUAACCAUCCUGGAUCAAGGGAGCUGGAAAGGGAAGGGUUCACUGCUAACUCCCAUCUUCUGUACCAAAAGGGACACCAUGGUGCCACCUGUGUGUUUUCAUGAGGCAAGAAAGCAGCACAAGUUCUGUCCUGCAGGUAGAGAUAACCUAGGACAGAAAUGUUUACAAAAAUGAGGUUUGAUAAAUUCAGUGUUAAACAGUGUUGUUUGCAGGCUCAGCUCCCACAGAUCUCCCCAUGUGACACUGGAUAUUGUCACAGACUCUCCAGCUGGACAUAAAGAACAGAGAUCCAGCAGAAAUUUAAAGCAGAAAACACCAUUUGACUUGCUCCCAAUGUGUACAUCACCUGGGCUUUCACAGUGUACAUUUUGCCUGUAACUACAGCUGAAAAUCCCUUAAUGGAAAAUAAAUUGCUAUGAAACAAACUUUUAUACAGAGACCACCAAAAUUUAACUAAAUUGGCAAAAAUCUAUGUUAAAAGCUACAUCUUUUUUUUUUUUUUAACAGCAACACAUUCUUAAUAUCUUAAAUGUGUGGUAUUUAACUGUAAUUAAACCAUUGGAGUCCCCAUUAGAUUUGUACUGUCCCCUGGAGAAGGCACAAACCACAAACUCCAGUUUCUAAGGGAAUCCUGCUAAUUGUUCAUCUUUCCCUUGGCUGUGCACCCUUCCAAGCACAUUUCCUGUGCAUUACUUGGACAUGAAGACUUGAAAUCUUCAGCAAAAUGUAUUUUUCAGAGGAUCAUUUUGACUGUGUGUACAUAUGCCCAUCGGUGGCACUAAAAACCAAGCCAGCUCAGUUCAUCUUUGGAAUGUGGAGUCUGAUUUGUAAUAAUUAUAUUGUUUUAGGUGGACUGAAAAGAAGAUGAAGCUUCCUGCCAAAUUCUAAAAGUACAAAUAACAAUGCAAAAAGUAGGACAAGUGAAAGGACAAUUGCAACAAAUUUUUGCAAUUGCUUCCUUCAUCUAACUCUGGUUGUGAAUAUUUGAUUAUUUUUUAAUGAGGUUGGAAAACUUUCCCCUUGUAACAAGGUAACCAUGGAGCUGGUCACAUCAGUGAGGCAGUCUCUAAAUCAAAGCUGUUAAAAUUUUUGAUAGUGUUUGGAGAGGUCAUGUGUCUUUUGUUUGCCCUCAUCUUUAAUUAUUUUUUUGUGUGUCCUCGUGAUAAUAAAAGUGAGAACUGGCAUUCUUCACUGAGACCACAGCACUGACCUGCAGGGGGUUUGUUUCUGCAAUAGGAACUGCUGUUGGCUGUUUCACACUGUAACUCUGCAAAGUGUGAAAUCAGCACGUGCUUCACUUUCCCCGCUAGAAAACAGAACAAAUGAACUGCACACGCACCUGGUGCUACAACAUUUCCUUCACUGCCAAGGUUCUCUGCCCGUGUCCUGCAGCACCCUCAGCUAUCCAUCCUCAGUGUGUGUUUGUGUCUGUCGGGCAGGGUUUGGGCUCUGUAAAUGAAGCUUUGGCAGAGCCAGCAGCUGAGGUGCCACUGCUGUGGGUUUGGGCUCUGUAAAUGAAGCUUUGGCAGGAGCAGCAGCUGAGGUGCCACUGCUGUGGGUUUGGGCUCUGUAAAUGAAGCUUUGGUAGAGCCAGCAGCUGAGGUGCCACUGCUGUGGGUUUGGGCUCUGUAAAUGAAGCGCUGGCAGAGCCAGCAGCUGAGGCCGGUGCCACUGCUGAGGGCCAGGCCCUGCUCUGCUCCUGCCCUCCCAUUCCCUCAGGAAUCCACAUCCCCGCAGCUGCCAGGAUUCCUUCACACAUUUUCCUUCACACAUUUUACUUCCCAAGGCUAAUUUGGACUUCUUCCUCUCGAUUUAUCUACGAGCAGGUUGUGCAGGGCUCAUGCUGCGCAUCACCACAGGCUUGUGGGUUUUAAAUCU